CUCUCCGCAUUCAUUCAUAAGAUCCGGUCCUCGCACUUGCAAACACAUCCUCCAGCUCCUCUCCACGCUCUCACCCACACAGAAGACACACCCUUCCAGCAUCCUCUCCUAUUCAGAAAGCAUCAACCGCCACCAUGGCCUCUCCGCAGCAAAUCCGCACCACGGCCACUGAUCUGCUGAAGAUCAAUCACCCCGUCCUCCUUGCUGGCAUGAACGUUGCUGCUGGUCCCAGGCUCGCCGCUGCUGUCACAAAUGCUGGAGGUCUCGGUGUCAUUGGAGGUGUGGGGUACACGCCUGACAUGCUACGAGAGCAAGUCGCAGAACUCAAGAGCUACUUGACCGACAAGAAUGCGCCGUUUGGUGUUGACCUGCUGCUGCCCCAAGUCGGUGGAAGCGCGCGGAAGACCAACUACGACUACACCAAGGGAAAGCUCAAUGAGCUCGUCGACAUCAUCAUCGACUCCGGCGCCAAGCUAUUCGUCUCAGCCGUGGGCGUCCCACCACAGGCCGUCGUCGAGAGGCUACACAAGGCCGGCAUCCUUUACAUGAACAUGAUCGGACACCCCAAGCACGUCAAGAAGUGCCUCGAAGUGGGCGUGGACAUCAUCUGCGCCCAGGGAGGAGAGGGUGGAGGACAUACUGGCGAUGUCCCGACUACAGUCCUCAUCCCGACCGUCGUCGAACUCGUCAAGGGUCAUAAAUCGCCUAUGACUGGCGCCCAGGUACAGAUCAUCGCUGCUGGCGGUCUCUACAACGGCCAAUCUCUCGCUGCUGCGCUGAUGCUGGGCGCCUCGGCUGUCUGGAUCGGCACACGCUUCAUUCUAUCAGACGAGGCUGGCGCCCCAAAGGCUCACCAAGAAGCGGUCCGCACCUCUGGCUUUGAUGACAACGUCCGCACAAUCAUCUUCACUGGCCGGCCACUCCGCGUGCGCACCAACCCAUACAUCGCGAAUUGGGAAGAGAACAGGCAGCAGGAGAUCAAGGAGCUUACAGGCAAGGGUAUCAUCCCCGCUGAGCACGACCUAGAAAAGAUGGGUGAUGAUAUCGAUGACGAGACCAUGGACAACGCUCGCCCAUUCCUCAUGGGUAAAGCUGCCGCGGUUGUUAACGAGAAGAAGAGCGCUAAGGCUAUCGUGGACGAGAUGGUCGGAGAUGCGGUCUCUUGGCUGCAGAAGGGCAACUCGUUUAUCAUAUCGAAGCCCAAGUUGUGAGCGGUUGAAAUCGUGGAGUUGGAUUAGCAUUGGCGUUAUGUACUUUGCCAGUUCUUGUAAAAAUAAUACGAGGUGAUUGUUAUUUGCUGGGCCGGUUCCUCUCCGAACCUCGA